AUGGGCGGGGAAGAACACGACCGACCGUCGGCAUUCAACAUCUCCCAGCUCCCGUCCGAGGUGGCUGACGAACUUGCCGCUUUCCUCCGUUCGCACACCGCCCGGUCGCACGAUACAUUCUACACCAACAAACUAUCCUCUUACACCACCGCGAACACAGUCUACAAGGAUGACCUGCAGGAUAUCCAAUCCCAAGUAUCAAAUGUUAUCGAACCCACAGCUGAGGUUUUAAUCCCCGUCGCUGUCGAGUUGAAACAUACAUUCGAACAGAUCGAUCGGUUGGAGCACCUGUUGACGCAAGUGAUUGCGCCACAGAUAAAAGACCUCUCUACCAAAUUGGAUAAAACGGAGCAGUUGGUUAGGUCGGAGGAGAGAAAUAUCAGCCAAGGAAGACGGGUGGAUCUUUGGAAGGGAGUUGAUAUGGGAGAUAAGAGUCUGAGGAGGGUGUUUAGAACAUCAGACUACUUUGAUGAGGAUGGGAAGCUUAAGGAUCCACCUAUUUGA